ACAGUUUACGGACUACAACGCUUCUAGCCAAAACACGACCGGGAAAAGUUGCUAAUUUGAGAGGAAAAUAUAAUACCCAAGUAUUUCCCCGUGAAAUUUCGCAAAUAAGAUCUAUACUAUGGCAAAGUUAUUUUUCAUCCUUUUGUGCCUGGUUAUUAUUGGAUCCAUAGCUGCAGGACCUAUAGAGGAUAAAAACGCUGCUGAGGAGAAUGAUCUUUCCACCGCCGAUUCCUUUGGUUAUGGAUACUAUGCGGCUCCAUCCCCUGUUUAUUACGGCGGAUAUGGUGGUGGCUAUAAAUACGGAGGUUACUCUGGAUAUGGAGGUUACGGCGGAUAUCGCAGUUACGGAGGCGGCUUCUACCGCCCGCGAAUUUACCCUGUGUGGGGUUAAGUAAAAUUCCACUACCUUUCCAAACUUACGUUCCUAAAGCACAAAAUCCUAAGUAAUCGCACUAUUUACCAAAGAAAUUAUACAAGCCCCCUUUUAAAAAUGAGCCCUUUCACUGUUUUGCAAUCUUUACGAUGACGUCAUUGGAGUUUUUGACCCCAGACCACAAUUAACACCGGCUUUAUUGCAAUAAAAAACAAAACACUUUAUGUACGAGUA